GCCGGGGACAGCAGGCGGGGGCUCAAGGCCGUGGGGGCGGACAACGCCGGCACUGCCCGCCCCUCCCAUGGUCAGCCCGAGGCCGGAGGGCCCGGCGCAGGCCCGGGGGGCACCCAGCCCACCGCGUCCACAGAGUGAAGCCCAGAAGGACGCGCCCUCCAGGGCAGGGCAGGCACCAGGCCUCCCCAUCGAGCUCACCCCGGGGCCUGCCAUGCCCCGCCCGGAGCCGAGGGCCAGGGGCCAAGCAAGGACCCACGCGACGCCCGCCCUUCCGCGAAGAGAAGAGCUCAGCACCCGGGGACCCUCGGAGACCCUGAUUCCCGGGACCGCCAGUGCGGGUCGUUUGCACCGAGGAGCUCCCUGUUGGGUGGGGAGCCCCGGGCAUGGAGGAAUCCCCCGGACCCGGCUCGGGUGCUCCAGCAGGCGGUGCCCCCCACCCUCAGGAGAAGCCACCGCCACUGCACCCCAUUCUUGGAAUCCGCCCUGCUCCAGGCUGGGCAGAGGGAGACUGUGGGAACUGCUGGAGCUUGGGUUGCAGAUCGAUCCGGGUUCUGUCUGCGCUCGGCCCUCUUCCAGCCGUGGGACCUUGGUUAAAUCGUCUUUAAAAUGGGUAGCCUGGUAGGGCAGUGGUGGGGAUGGAAUCUCUGCAAAUAGCACCUGUCACCCACCCCCGCCUUCCACACCAGGAAUCCAAAGGCUGCCCUGCGUGCCUGGUCUCCCUCACCCCACAUCCCAGGUGUCAGCAAGUCCUGGCAGUGCCCCUGCGAAAUGUCCCCCCACCUCCACCUGCCCCCUGCCCCACCCCCACCCUAUCCUGGUCCAGGUCUCCGGCAUGGCUCCCUCCCCACUCUCCAGCAGAUCCCACCGCAGCUGCAGUGGGCUUUGUAACAUUUGGAUCAGGUCUUAAAACCCUAAAGAGACUUCCUGGUGUUCCCAGGAUAAAGGCCCAGGCUUGGAGGCUCCUCUCCUAUUUCAUUCACUCACUCGUUCACUCACUCAGCUCAGUGUGUGUACUGAGCAGUGCCCUGGGGCCGUGACGGUGAAGUUCAUACAUCAGCUUGGCCAGUUGUUAGAGCAAGCCAGCACUGGCCUGAUUGUUAUUAUGAGCAUAUUUUGUAGGUAGAUUAGGAUCUAUAGCCAGUCGAUUGCAUCUACGGCUGAUUUCAUCUACAGCCGAUUGCAUCUACAGUCAACAAAGGAGCUGGUCCUCGACCACGAGGAGAGUCUCCUCAUCCAGUCAGUUGGAGGGCUUAAAGCCAGAACUGAGGAUUUCAGCAGGCAGAAGAAUUUCUUUCUCUACUCCAGCCGGUCAGCUUUCCUGGAGAAUUCAACUUCACCUUCAUCACAGUUUACAGCUCGCGGCUUGCCCUACGGAAUUUGGACUUGCCAGUCCCCAUGGUCGUGAGAGCCAACUCCUGUAAUAAAUCUCUUAAUAUUUA